UGCUGCUGUGUCCGACGACCAGUGGAGUUUGCUCCGAACGGACCGUGACCACCGCGCUUGCGUCCACGCUAACCGCUCACGCUCACGACGUUUUCUAUUAUAGUAUAUACGUACAUACAUAUAUAUAUAUAGACGUACAAACUACAGCCACUGAACAUAAUCGUAAAUUUAUAUAUUAUAUAUAUACUCAGUUAUACCUACCUCUAGUACACACGCCUGACGAGCCCGCGGACGCCAACGCCGCCGUCGAAUUCCGUCCGUCCGCGCACUAUCGCUGCUGCUGGCGCCCCGGACCAUUGCGUCGCUUCGUCCGCCCAUGAAGAGCACAGACCACGGACGCCCCCGUACCGCGUGAACCAGAUUUCUCAGGAUAUGUCUUCGGAAAUGCUGCGAGUAGACAAUUUGCGCCAACGGUUAUUCUGCAACACCGUAUUGGACAUGAAGAGAGAGAGCCGGUGUCCCGUGUGCAGCGCCGUGUUUUCCACCACGUACAGCAUGCGGCUGCACUUGCAGACCGCGCACAUGGACUCGGAGCCGCAGAACUUGUCGGCCAAAUCGUAUUACCACCGAGAGUUCAACAACAACAACAAUAACAACAAUAAUAACAAUUACAACAACAAUGUCAAGUCGCCGAUGAAAAUCAACAGUCCCGACCGUCCGUUGCAGUACGUCACUCCCGUUAAGUCGGCGUACAACGGCGACUCGACGUGCAGCACGGACUUCAGUGACGGUUACCCAUCGGACAAGGACUCGUACUUCGGAAACUCGCCCAAGGAUGAGAUCCCGUUGUCCGUGACGGCCGCCGGUUUCCUGUCCCAGUCGCCCGCAAAACGCACCCACAGUAGCCACGUGAAAAGCAAACGCACGUACACGUGCAGGCUGUGCUCAACAGUUUUCGGCAACCUGCGGGCCCUGAAGGGCCACAACUCGUCCAGCCACAACAAGUCCACCAACGGACUGUACGCUUGCAACAUAUGUGAGUUCGCCAGCACCGAAAAAGCGUCACUCAACCACCACAUGAAAGGCCACACCGGUGAGACGCCGUAUGUGUGCAAAAAGUGUUCUUACGCGUUCACCACCAAAGCCAACUGCGAGAGACACCUCAGGACCAUACAUAAAGCGUCCAACGCUGAAGUCAAGACGUCCAUAUUGUUCAAAAAUGAAGAGAAGCCCGCGGAACAAACCAAUGGUAGUGGUGGCGACGGCGGCGUUGUUGAAGUCAAGAGGGAGCCUGACCAAAACAAAAUGGACUACUCCCAAUACGAGGGCCAGAAGAGCUCGGACGACGAGGAAGAAUUUGAUGAGCCUCUGGACUUGAGCGUUAAACGUUUCAAACCCGACUUUGAUUGCGAGCCCCAAGACUUGUCGGUCAACAGCCACGUGAAGUCUGAGACCACAGACGACGAGGAUGUGAAGCCCGCGUCGUUCACAGAACAGUUCGUGUCGCAGCCCGGCCCGGGAUACAAUAUAGACUUGUCGAUGCCCACCCCGUUACACGCGUACUUCCUGAACGAGCACAGGAUGUUUUUUAACGGCAUGUACCCGAACGCGGAACGAAUGUUACCCAUACCGCUCACCGUGGACAUGAUUCGGGCUAUGCGUCAAAUGAACGAACCGCCCGCCGCCUUGGAAGCCGACGUUCCAGCCAAUCCGCCCGAGACGCCGGAACCGUCGGUGGUGGCCCAGACGUCACCGCCCGCCGCGGCCGAACCGCAUAAGUCCAAAGACGCCAACGGACUUAGACUGGUUAUGAAAAACGGCAUUCUCGUACCCAAACAGCGACGUUUUAGAACAGACAGGCCUCACGUAUGUGACACGUGUAAGCGGGCGUUCACGCUCAAGUCGAACCGGGACAGGCACGUUAAGAACCAGCAUCCGACAGACUGGCACAAGAAGCCUCGGUCAUUGUCCAAGAGCGAGCCGCAAUUCGCCGUCAUCAGACACGAACAGGACCUCCCCCCGAUUUCGGAUCACAUUAAGAUGGCCAUAUCGCUUAAAUGUCAAAAACCGGAACAACAACGGUCGUCCGAGCACGACGAAGAAGACGACCCCGACUUGAACGACAACGACGGUGACGACGAAGACGACGUAAUGGAGGAAGACAAGUUGGUGAUAGUGGAAGACGGCGUUGUUGGUGACAAGCCUGCCGUCGAGGUCAAGGAGGAAUUGGCCGACUUGGCCAGCGUGUCCAGACUCUUGGACAACGCUACGCACCAGACGUUCCCGCAAUUCAACAGAUCCGAUGAAGAUCACAACGAGGCCACCAGUAGCGAAGAAGAGCAUAGCGAAGGGGCUAGUUAUUCCGAAAACGACCAUGCCAACAACAGUAACGGCAACACGGACAUUAACUUUAAUAACGACAAGGACGAGAGCCGGGAAAAACGAAAGAAGGUGAGCGCAUAUGCAGCCGCCCCCAAUAGGGUUCUCUGUCCGUUCUGUUACCUGUCGUUCCCGUGGACGUCGUCCCUGAAGCGUCACAUUCGCACACACACCGGCGAAAAGCCGUACCAAUGCAAACAUUGUCCACUGUCGUUCUCCACCAAAUCGAAUCGCGACCGGCACAUACUGCGACUGCAUUGUACGCCGGCCAGCAAGCUGACCGCCCCUGCUAAUUCGGACGAAGUCGCGUCCUCGUCAGACACUAAAAACGUGUACAAGUGCACAUCGUGCCCUAAGACUACGUUCUCCAAACGCAAGAACCUGAUCAGCCACAUCAACCGGGUGCACUUUGAAAAGAACGGCGACGACGAUGAACUCGACGGACCGACAGCCGCUACUUCCGCCUGUGGAGGCGAUGGCGAGGGAAUGGAUGACGCCGAAUUAGAACGGGACUACACCGCACCCCCAACCGUAGCCGCAGCCGUCGUGGGCAACUGUAGCGCGACCGGUUCCGAACCUUGCUUCAAGUGCCAUCUGUGCGACAGCAGCUACCUGGAGCGGCAGAACGCCCUGGACCACAUCAGGAUCAACCACGCAGAGUGUUACGAAAUACUGGUGUCCCAGGGAGCCAUGGACAACGACCACGACUCGUCGGCCGCCAAACAGGACGACGUGGAAAACAGAAAGGUCCUGUGCGCUUUUUGUCUGCACCGUUUCUAUUCGGCCGAGGACUUGCGCCGUCACAUGCGCACCCACACCAAGGAACAGCCGUUCGCAUGUCAGUCGUGUAAGCGUCGGUUCACGCUUAAGCACAGCAUGGUCCGACACAUAGCCAAAAAACACGGCGGCGGCACCGCCAUGCACGACAGCUACAGCAGCGAUCACGACCAGAGAUCUCGUAGUUCCAGCCCGCCUGUGCCGGCGUCUUCGCUUUCACUGUCGUCGUACGAGGACAGCAAUCGCGCCGACACCGGAUUGAUCGGCACGCUGUUGGGCAUACGGGACAGCACAGUCAUCGAUCAGGUGCUGCAGGCUAAGUCACCCGAAGACGCCGCGAAGAUGUUGGGCAUCAAAAGUAGCAACUGAAACAGUCAUCCGCCUGCCCACACCUACCAUUCCCACCACGUAGGCGUAAUCGUUUAUCAUUAGAAGAGACUUUUUAUUUGCAGCGUUUCUCUCUUUUUUCCAAUCUCCUUGAUACUCAACUUUGAAAAUAUUUGAAACCGUUUUACGUUUCGUGUACAUAAUAAAAAAUAAUAAUCAUGUGUUUAUAUUGUUCCAAUUAAUUCCAAUUAUUUUAUACAAUUUUUAACUUGUUUCGGAUUUUUUUAUUAGCGAUUGGCCGCAGGUUUUCGAAUCGGAUCAGUACCGUAAACGUCGUAUAAUACAACGUAUACGAUACUGACCCGAUUUGCGCUGAUUGACUGUAAGUAAGUCUGCAAACGAAAACGAGUAUCGAGGAAUAAGUAUAUUUGUUUUUCACUCAAAUGACUUUAUGUUGUUAAUCAUUUGUAUCACGUCUACUGUUUUUUUUUAUAUAUAUUUUUUUUUAUAAUUGCGACUGUUACCAAUACUUUUUACUAUUAUUAUUAUUAUUCUUAUUAUUAAUCACGAUUUGACAAAACCGUAGUGUGGUUAAUGCAUAGAUACAUUUCAAAUUCAUGUUUUUCUUUUCAUUUUAUUACGGAAACUUGAAUUUGGUAUUAUUAUUAUUAUUUUGUGUUGUCGACACGAAUUUAAAUGUUUGUUCACUGUCGAUUCGAUGACAAACCUUUAAUUUCCAAAUAGUCGACUACGAAAAUAAUGAUUAUUUUAUUACUACUUUCACCAUGGUUGAUUGGUUUGCCUGAAUAGACGCAACUUAACGUACACGCGUUAAUUUUUUUUUUUUUUUUUAUGGCGUCUUGCUACGACACUAUAUUGUAAUUAUUUUUAUUAUUAUAUAAAUGCUAUCAGUUAGCCCUGUUCUCCCGCUAAGCGAUAUCCAAAGAGAAAGUAAAUCUGAAAAAUAUUUUCAUUUUGUACAGAUACUUAGAUAUAAUUUUAAUAUGUGUAUAUAAAAAUAUAUAUACAUCAUAUUUGUUUUCUGUACAUUUUGCAAAUUUGUUUAUAUAUUUUUUUUUGCGCAUGAAAAUUGCACGUUUUUUGCCUUCAUUACGUGUUAACCACUUAUAUUAACUAUGUUGUAUUUUAUUAAAAGUUAAAAUUAAAAACACUAGACUGUUAUUCACAAUCGGGUAACGAAAUACAAUCUAUUAUUAUCUAGUAAAAAAAAAAAAUGUUUGAUUAUAAUUUAUUGAAUUAUAUAUAUAAACUUCUAGGACUGUUUUAUUGUAAUAAUUAAUAAUAUAUAGUGUAAUUGUUAGUAAUAAUAGAUAAUUAAAUAAUAAUAAAAAGCACAGUUUUUUUAUUUCUAUAUAGUAUUUGUCAGUUUUGGGUUGCACUGUACACAUUAUUUGUAAUAACAAUCUAGUCGAGCGAGAGCAGUUAUACUCUCGACGAUUUUGGCCAUAUUAUAACAUUGUAUUGUUAUCAAUAAAUUAAUUUUAAGUUUAAGGCACAUUUUCUUCCUCUAUACUCCAGUCGUUCAUAGAAUUUAUAAUUUUAUUCAUUUUUUUUUGUCACUGUCAGUUUUUU